AUGGAGGACGGGACUGACGGCGAUUACAGUCGCGGUUUAUUUCUUCCUUGCGAUGUUUUUCACGCCGUUGUUAGCUUCGAUUCCGGCGUGGGCGGUUGGUCCGCCGUUGAUAUUGGUGGAAGUGAUGAUGAUGAAAUCGGUGAUGGAGAUCGAUUGGGAAGAUAUGAGAGAGGCGAUAGCCAACACCUCGGAGAGAAAUUUUCAAUGGCGGAAGAAAUUGAGAAAUCUGUGGCGGUGGAGGAAUCUCUGAUGGAGAAGAUCGCCGAGAAGAUUCACCAUCACGAUUCGUCGUCAUCGUCUGAAUCCGAGUGCGAGAAACCGGAUUCUCCUUCGGCUGUGAAAGCGAAGAUCUAUUGUCUCUUUGGUAGAGAGAAGCCUGUUCAUAAGGUUCUCGGUGGUGGAAAACGUAUGGGUUCUUGUUCUCGUACAUUUUUGUCUGGUUUCAAAUCGUGA